UGUUUUGAAAGAAACUUGUACCCCCAAAAUUUCAAUUCCAUCAGAUCAGAACCAGCCCGAGAUCUUAAAUCGAUCAGGAACAAGCGGAUGCCAAUUGCCUAGCCACAUGAAAGUUUCUUGACCAUUCCCAGUAGCAUGCCUUAUCAUGGGAUUAACAAAAUAUUCAAGUUUAGUUGCCCUGCGAAUUGUCUGUGAGAAUCACAGGGAAGAGGCAUUUACCGCAUAUUAUGAUGAUUCACGGCAACAGUGGGAAUCCAUUGGAAUAAUUUAUUUAUUAUCUCAAAAUUGAAAUAAUUUAUUAUGACCUUGAAAGUUUUGGCUUUGACUUCUGCAGGUGUUUUAGAAGAGGUUUUUGAAUUGGUGUUUGAUCCAGAACAGGAUGAAUUUUAUCAUCGGAGCGUUCAAGCCUGCCGGUAACAUUUCAAUCACAUUUUCUGAUGAAAAAACUCGCAAGAAGGUUCCAAUGAAGAAGGAAAAUGGUCAAUCUGUUAUGGUCCCACUCUUUCAAAGUCAAGAAAACAUUUCCGGGAAGAUCUCCAUUGAACCAGUUCAAGGGAAGAAGGUUGAACAUAAUGGCAUUAAAAUUGAGCUCCUUGGUCAGAUAGAAAUGUAUUUUGACAGAGGCAACUUCUAUGACUUCACUUCCCUUGUUCGUGAACUGGAUGUUCCAGGCGACAUUUACGAAAGGAAGACAUAUCCCUUUGAAUUUUCUACGGUUGAGAUGCCAUACGAGACUUAUAACGGGGUGAAUGUGCGGCUCAGGUAUGUCUUGAAAGUCACAAUCAAUCGUGGCUAUGCCGGCAGCAUUGUGGAAUACCAAGAUUUUGCUGUUCGGAAUUACAGUCCAGCCCCACCAAUAAACACUAGUAUCAAGAUGGAAGUGGGAAUUGAAGAUUGCCUUCACAUUGAGUUUGAGUACAAUAAAAGCAAGUAUCAUCUGAAAGACGUAAUCAUAGGCAAGAUAUAUUUCCUUAUGGUUAGAAUCAAGCUUAAAAAUAUGGACGUUGAGAUCAGGCGUCGAGAAUCAACAGGUUCGGGGGCCAACACCCAUGUUGAGACAGAGACACUUGCAAAGUUUGAGCUGAUGGAUGGUGCUCCAGUUAGAGGCGAGUCAAUUCCCAUCAGAUUGUUCCUUAGCCCGUAUGAACUGACUCCUACACAUCGUAACAUAAACAACAAAUUCAGUGUGAAGUAUUACUUGAACCUUGUCCUCGUCGAUGAAGAGGACCGCCGGUACUUUAAGCAGCAGGAAAUAACGAUAUACCGCCUCGAUGAAACUUCCUAGUUCUUUUACACACUUGUCCUUCCAUCGGAAAGCAAAGAAAUUGAAAUAGUUUCCUCAUGGAGGAUCGACAGACUCAUCAACAUGGUAUUUACUUGAUAAGAGUUGCGUUGUAUUUUUAUCUUUUCGGCGAUUCCUGUCUUGGAUAUGAAUUCAUUAGGGUUGUAUAGAGGAUCAUCUUUGUACAUGGGCACCAAGGGACUUCUGGUUGAUAGUUAAAUACCUUUGUGAACUUUUUGUUAACCUAUCUGACAUGGAACACAAUGAGCCCAGCAUUGACUAUUUUGUUUCUUCA